AUGUGGCGCGAUCGCUACAAGCUCCCAGAUGGAUGGACUCCUGCUCAAGGCCAAGAGGGUAGAGGAGCAGGAGGAGGGAGAGGAAGAGGCCGUGGAGGCCGUGGCGGUCGCGGAGGUGGUGCUGCAAGUAUGAAGAGUGCCGGCAACGAGAGCGAGUCGAGGGACGAUCGCUUCCCGGGUCAAUUCUUCUUCGUGUCCACGCAAGCACCGGCUGGUCCAGAGAGGGAUGAAAGCUUUGAGGAGCCAGCAGCUGUGGGGAAGGUCACCCUACACUCCCUGGACUAUUGGGUGAUCGAUAGCGGCGCUACCUAUAGCAUGACACCUCGUGCGGACUUGCUCACCGAACUUGAGCCGUCACCGGUGAAGCAUGUGACAUCGGCUUUGGGGCAGCGAGCAGAGGUGAAAGGCAUGGGCAAGGCCAUGUUCAAGGGUGCUGAUGGGAAGAUGGUGGGCCUCAAGAACGUGCUUUGGGUGCCCAACCUUGCUGCCAACCUGAUUUCCGUGCGGCGGUUGCAAAAGGCCGGCAUGGACACGAGCUCGAAGGGAGCUAAGACCUAUACCGCGAGGCUUGGCGAGCGAAUUCUUUGGGACCUUCACGAGGAUAGGGAUGUCUACAACGAGAUGUGGCAGAUCCCUGUGGUUCCCAUGCCUAAGGAGAGGCAAGUGGCAGCAAGCAUCAGCACCAAGGGUGAAGCGGUUGGUAGCGGUGAUGGCGCGAACGGUCACGCUGAGGAGAUUAAGUCCAAGAAGUGCAAUCUUGGAGGGACCAGCAAGCUCGGUGAACAUGAGGAGAGUGGUGCAGCAGCCAAGAAUCAGCACAAGGGGCAUGUGGCCCUUCCCAUCUUGCAGCAGCUAGUGAAGAGUGAGAUGGUUGCUGGCAUACGUAUGAAGGGGGAGCCCGAUGAGGUACUUUGCUGCCCGACAUGCAUGCAAGCCAAGUUCACCCGUUACCCGUUCUCUAGUUCGGAGGCAACGGCUAAGGCACCACUUGAUGAGGUGGUGAUGGACGUGGUGGGCCCCCUCAAGCUUGGAGCUGCUGGAGCUGAGUACUUUCUCACCAUUGUGGACGUCUACACUCGGAUGACUUGGGUGUACGUGCUGUCCAAGAAGAGUGACGUGGCUGAAACGGUGAAGACAGAUUGGUUGCCGAUGGUGGAGCGGCAACAAGACCGGCUAGUGAAGGCAAUUCGCACCGAUCGAGGGGGAGAGUUCCUGAGCAAGGAGUUCUCAUUGUAG